AUGGCCCCGCGAAAAACACGAUUGCCCGCUGUCAUUGGGGCCGCAGCUGCCGCCGCCGCAGUUGCAUACCUCGUUUAUUCGUUUGUUGCCAAGAGCAACUCAGACCAAGACACAUUUGAUAGUUCAGUACAGAGCUCGUCCAAGUCCAGCACAAAGAGCCCCAAGUCGACGGCCACCAAUAGCAAAAUCACCGUCGUGGUGUCACAGGAGCUGGUUCAAUCGCAGCUGGUCGACUUCAAGCAUCUGAUGAGCGUCCAUCCCAACCUGGUGGUCAUUGUGCCUCCCAUGGUUGCCAACAAGUUCCAUCGGGCUCUGAAAUCGAGCGUGGGACACGAUCAUGGCGUCAAGGUGAUUCGGUGCGACACAGACGUGGGAGUUAUCCACGUGAUCAAACACAUCCGGCCAGAUCUGGCUCUCAUUGCCGACGGAGUGGGAGACAACAUCCAGGGAGAGAUUAAACGGUUCGUGGGAUCAAGUGAGGCUUUGAGUGGAGAUGUGAAUCUUGCUGCGGAGCGACUAACUGGAUUGUAA